AUGUCUGAGACGAUUCAUCUGGCGGAGUACCUCUUCCGACGUCUCCGUCAGGCUGGCUUGCAGGCCGUCCAUGGAGUGCCCGGCGACUACAAUCUCUUGAUGAUGGACUAUAUUGUUCCAGCUGGGCUGGAGUGGGUUGGGAAUUGCAACGAGCUCAAUGCCGGCUACGCCGCGGACGGGUAUGCGCGAGUUAAAGGGAUUGGCGCGCUAGUCACAACGUUUGGCGUCGGAGAGCUAUCGGCUAUCAACGCUGUCGCCGGCUCAUAUGCGGAAAUGGCUCCGGUGGUUCACAUUGUUGGGACACCGAAACGUGUCAUGCAGACGCGAGGGGCUAAACUUCACCAUUCCGUGUGCAGUGGGAAACCAAGCGAUUUCACCAUGUUCGCAGAGAUGUACUCCAAGAUCACGGCGGCACAAGAGAAUCUUUUCAAUGCUUCCACAGCUCCCGUCCAGAUUGACCGGCUGAUACGGGAAUGUAUCAUUCAAUCUCGACCGGUCUACUUGCAAGUUCCGGCGGACAUGGUUCUCGAGCCUAUCCCCACCGCAGCUCUUCGCCGACCUCUAGAUCUCAGCCCACCUUCCAACAACCCGGAGAUUGAGCAGGGCGUAUCUGAUAUCAUUGUUGAGCGAAUCAGCAAUGCGAGACAACCAUUCAUUUUGAUCGAUGCCGGCACGUCACGCUACGGACUAGUAAGCGAAGCAGAUGAGCUCGUCAAAACGACGGGGUUCCCAACUGCCACGACGCCCUUCGGAAAGGGAAUCACAGAUGAAACUCUCCCUAACUUCCACGGCAUUUAUGCAUCGGUAGGAGAAGGGACGUAUGUGUCAUACGUUGAAUCGUGUGAUUUGAUCAUCAAUAUCGGUCCGGUCCACAGUAAUGUUAAUACCUCCUGUUUCACCACGAUUCCUAAUCCCCACGUGUCCAUCGUCUUCGACCAGUCUUCCGUCACUAUUGAUGGCAAGGUGUGCAACAUCUUACCGAAAGGUGUAUUGAGAAGGGUACUCGACCAGCUUCGGGAUGUUAUGCUCUCUUUCUGGCCGUACCCGAAUUUACCAGACCCACGAUCUGCAUUAAAGCGCAUCCCACCAGUUAGCAGCACAGGGGUACUGACACAAGACGUAUUAUUCAAGCGCAUGUCACACUUCUUUCGUCCUGGAGACAUAAUUCUAACCGAGACCGGCACCGCAAGUAACGGUGGACGCGAUUUCGUCUUUCCUCAAAACGUGAGCAUGAUAAACUCCGGUGUCUGGCUGUCAAUCGGCUACAUGCUCGGGGCCGCCCAAGGGGUAGCCCUAGCACAACGAAAUAUGGGCUCACAAGGGCGAACAAUCCUUUUUAUCGGUGAUGGCAGCUUCCAAGUGACAGCCCAGGAGCUGAGCACUAUAAUUCGCAAGAAGCUGAGUGCCAUUAUCUUUUUGAUCAAUAAUGAUGGCUACACGAUCGAGCGUUUAAUUCAUGGCAUGGAUGCCGAGUACAAUGAUAUUGCCAUGUGGCGAUAUCUGGAUUCACCUUCGUAUUUUGGGGCUCCUUCCGACGAUUCAUAUCCUGUGCUUACUGAGAAGGUGAAAACGUUGGGGGAGCUUGAUGGUGUUUUAUCCAAGGAGGACUUUCAGUGCGGCCCGGGGUUGCGAAUGGUGGAGUUGAUCAUGGGUGUUUCAGAUUGUACAGAAACAUUGAAGUUGUUUCUUCAGAUGUAUGCUUCUAGAAAGUGA